CCACUGCAAACGCCCUCCCUGCAGCGGAGCAGUUAUCUCGCGAGAUGACGGGUCCCCAGAAGUCAUAAACCUAGCGCCAAGAUUGGCUGUCAAGGUAGAGUCCAGGGUGCGGAAGUGGCUUUGUGGUGCCACCUUUGGCCGCUCAGAGGUCAACACCCAUUCUACACCGAAAACUAGGCCUUGGCUGCUAUGGAAGGACAGCAGGGGGAAAAAAGCCACGCAACCCUAACACUCGCCCAGGCUCAUUUCAACAAGGGCGAGUACGCGGAGGCCGAGACGCUGUACUCCUCUUACAUUCGCCAGUGCGCCUGCGCGGCCUCCAGCGGCGAGAGUCCCGGGAGGUAACUAUCGCGAGACCUGGGGCCGCAGCGACCCCGGGUGGAGGCGACGUGGCGGCUCUCUGGGCUCGUGUUUUCGCUGCUGGAGCUCACGGGCGGCGCGUGUCGUAACCCAGCAUUAGGACUGAGCGGGCCGACGUUCGUCUUUCUAGAAAGGCCUAGGCGAGGCCUAGGAUGAGGGCGGCGGAGAACGCGGGGAGGGAGCCCACCCGCGAAGAGUCGUCUGCCGCGACGGUGCGGGGAGCUUCCGGGAACCGAACUCCCUGAGGGCUCCUCGGACGCGGGCCGCCGCUUUUCACCCCGCCGUCUCUCCUUCCAUGUUCCUCAUUCCCACCCAAAGACUUAGGACAGAUAGGGAUUUUCCACUUGUGAUUUUAGCUGGCGGGAAAUCCGCAACCUGGGAAGGGAAGGGGUCACGGCUGCGUAGGGCCACGGUACCGGGACUCCCACCUCAGUGUCACAGCGCUGGCUUUUGGUGGUGGUAUGAAAAACGUUUAUGUAGAAAAGAGCAUAACGAACGUCUAGGUGUUUAUCGCUUGGCUUAAGCAUUAUCAGUUUGCCCAUCGUAUUCAUCCAUGGGUGUUUCAGAAGGAACUUCCAUAUCAUCGAAUAGUUACUUAAUAUCAAGUAGUCAGUGUUGGAACCUUUCUGAUCGACUAAUAAGCAAAUGCAGCCCUGAGGAUUUGGCUACUGCAUAUAACAACAGGGGGCAAAUCAAGUACUUCAGGGUUGAUUUUUAUGAAGCCAUGGAUGACUACACAUCUGCCAUAGAAGUCCAACCCAAUUUUGAAGUUCCAUAUUACAACAGAGGGUUGAUACUGUAUAGGCUGGGAUAUUUUGAUGAUGCUUUGGAAGAUUUCAAGAAGGUCUUAGACUUAAAUCCUGGAUUUCAAGAUGCUACUUUGAGCUUAAAACAGACUAUUCUAGACAAAGAAGAAAAACAAAGAAGAAAUGUUGAAAAAAAUUAUUGAGAUUUUUAACUUAAUGGAAGUAUUGAUUCAUGAUCCUUACAUCUGCAUCUAGUUAUCAGUAAUUUAAAAUAGAUAUUGAGCUAUUUUGAUUUAUAUUUAAGAAAUUAAUACAUUAGCACUGAAAUAGUGUGUUUAAUUAAGGUAAUUUCAGGUUGAAUGGAUUUUUUUAUGAAGUGUAAAUAAUACCAAUGUAUAAGUGUAUAUUAUUAAAUAUUACAGUAAAAAGGAAUGUGUGGUGUUUUCCUCAGUAAAACUAUUUUUGUGAUUUUUUUAUUCUCAACUAUUUUAAAAAUGUUACAUCUACAGAAAAGUUGAAAGUAUAAUAAAAUAAACUCUUCAGUUAAAUU